AUGUGUUUAAAAUGAAAGAAUAUUUUAACAGUGCUCUGCAGCGACACUGGCGAUCCAUCGAUGCAGGAAAGUAGGAAGCUGCUGUGGAUUUGAAUCGGUGAUAGUGUUGGAAAUACUCUGGCGGAGAAAUGGCGGAUCUUAGUAGCGGCGGAAGCGGCGGCGGUGCGAGGAAGGUGGCGGUCGGGAGCAUAGCGGCGAGGAGGGCGGCGAGGUGUGGGUUCGUCGAGCCUGCGCCACGACUGAGCACGACGGCUCGGUUCAGAAGCGUCAGCCCUCUCGCUUCGCCCGCUGCCCUCGUCACGAUUCCGCCCGGUAUCAGUCCCACUGCGCUGCUCGAUUCGCCGGUCUUGCUCCUCAAGUCUCAUCAGAUAGAAUUCGAGGAUAAUAAAGGAGUUUUUAUUACUUCAACAAUAGAGGGCAGUUUGAUUGAUGAUUUCAAUUUUGUAAGCGUGUUGACAUAUUUUCCUAAUGAGUCUUUAAAUGGGAAGGAUUUGAUGGUACAACAACUUCAUAAGGAAGAUCAGUCAGCAGAGUUUGCAACUCUAAUAGGAAGAACAUCAGAAGAUGGAUACAACUGGAGAGAGUAUGAUCAGAAGCAGGUCGAAUGCUGUGAGUUUCCUCAGUGUUACUCCGAAUGUACUUAUCCAAGUUGUCGAGUAAAGAAAAAGAUAGAGCAUUCUCUCAAAGGUGAUAUUACAGAUAUCAUUUAUGAGGGUCCUCAUCGUCAUCCAAAACCUCAACCAACUCAUAGCUCUGGGUUUUCAUCAUCUUAUUCAAUCGAGUUGUCCACCUCUGCAAUUGGUCUUGAAGCAACCAUAAAUGUUGAAGAAGAAUCAAUUAGUACAGGUUCUCAGCAAGAAUCCAAUGAUAAAAAUGCUGUAAACUGGAACACAGCUAUGGAGAGGGCAUCACCCACAUCUGAUUUUACUGAGUUUUCAGAUGCUCUCUCUACGGCAAAAGAAAAAUGCUCAAAAGUUCCUAUGAAGCAUCCAGUUACUCAAGCAAAUGAAGCUGAGCAGGAUGAUGAUGAUGAUGGAAACAAAUCCGAGCUGAAAAGAAGGAAGGAAGAGAGCUAUUUUGUUGAUUCAAAUACAAUUUGUGGUGCUCGUGAACCAAGAGUGGUUAUUCAAACAAUAGCGAUGUGGACAUUCUGGACGAUGGAUACCGCUGGAGGAAGUAUGGCCAGAAGGUAGUUAAAGGAAAUCCAAAUCCAAGAUUUGUUGCGACUCAGCUUUAUUAAUAUGUCCUUUUAUACAACAGGAGCUAUUACAAGUGUACCUAUCCGACAUGUUCAGUAAGGAAACUUAUCGAAAGAGCCUCACAUGACUUGAAAUCAGUGAUCACAACUUAUGAGGGAAAGCACAACCAUGACGUGCCUAAACCAAACGCUGGUGGGAAACCACAGAACACUCCAACUGCUCAAUCCUCCAUCACUUCCAAACUCAAAGAAAGCCAGAAUAUAUUCCCCAGCUUCCAUGAAAAUCUUGAAUUUCUAAGUAACAGAGGGAAUGCUACUUUUGACUUGUCAAGGGCCUUUCCAUCCUAUGAUAUGCUGCAAUCAUUGUCAUUUGGAUCAGUUGCAUCCAGAUUUCACUGCAAAGAGCCUACUCUUCCACAUCCACCAUCAAAUUUAAACUUUACCUCACCUUUUCAGAUGUCCGUUCCGAGGCCAGGCACUGCAUUUUAUGACUAUAAAGUUUAUGAUCUUUCAAGACCAAAUGCUAGUGAAGUUCAUUUUCUACUUGGCCAACAGCAGUCUAUGGAAGAUGGUACGAGCUCUCAGCAUGAUUCCUGUACAGAAAGAGGCUUGUGAAUGAUCUUCAUAAUGUGAAAAUUCCCAGCUUCUUCAGCUUAUGCACGAACUUUUAUUGCAGUAGGUAUUCCCUUACGCUAAGCGAAGAAAUGCUUAGGUUCAUCUCCUCAUAUCAAUGUUUUUUAAAAAAUAAAAAUAUUUUUUUCUGUAUCAUAGUAGUAUCAUGCAACAAUAGGUUUAGUUCACAUGGCUUGAAAUUUGAGGAAGCAAAAUAUGUGUAUUAAGUAACGUGGCCAAAAUUGAAUGACUAUAAGGUUAAUUUCAGAUAUCUAUCUAUAUGUAACGUCCUUUAGUGGAUGCCUUUCUUUAUCAGCUAAUGGAGAAGUACAAGUAUGAUUUUGAAGUUCAA